UGUUGGAGUUGGACCUCCAUUUAUUCUCUUUCUGCGCCGGCUUUUCCUCUUCCUCCAUUUUCUUCUUCUUUCUUUUGUUUUUCCUUUUUUCAUUUAGAUCCAUCUUCUUCAGCAAGAUAUAUGCAUUUAACUCUUAUUGAAGCAUUUGUGGAUGACGAAAGCGUUAUCGAGCGUGACAUUACCGAGCUGAAAGGCGCGUGAUUUGUGAUUGUUUGAUGGGCAAUACAUGCCGUGGAUCUAUCGGAGGCAAAACUUUUCAGGGCUACGCUCAGCCCGAAGAUAGUUCUUACUCCAAUUCCAAUCGCGAACCUUCAUCUGCCAAUUCUUAUUCUUCCUCUGACAAUUUCUCACCUUCUAAUCACAAAAAGGAACAAAAAUCAUUAUCUCUCGUCAGCCCUAGAAAAGCAAGCAUGAAUCGUACGGGUAGUAAUCAAGCUUAUUACGUAAUGGGGCAUAAAACCCCUAAUAUUCGUGAUUUUUAUACUUUGGGUCGUAAAUUAGGACAAGGUCAAUUUGGUACAACUUAUUUAUGCACUGAAAAUUCUACGGGAAAUGAAUAUGCUUGUAAAUCUAUUUCGAAGCGAAAAUUGAUUUCGAAAGAGGAUGUUGAAGAUGUUAGGAGAGAAAUUCAAAUAAUGCAUCAUUUAGCUGGGCAUAAAAAUAUUGUUACAAUUAAAGGAGCUUAUGAGGAUCCUUUAUAUGUUCAUAUUGUUAUGGAGCUAUGUAGUGGCGGUGAAUUGUUCGAUCGAAUUAUUCAACGAGGACAUUAUAGUGAGAGAAAGGCAGCUGAAUUGACUAGAAUUGUUGUCGGGGUUGUAGAGGCGUGCCAUUCGCUUGGUGUUAUGCAUAGAGAUCUUAAACCUGAGAAUUUCUUGUUGGUUAAUAAGGAUGACGAUUUCUCUCUUAAGGCCAUUGAUUUUGGACUCUCUGUUUUCUUUAAACCAGGCCAAAUAUUUAAGGAUGUCGUUGGUAGUCCAUAUUACGUGGCUCCUGAGGUUCUUUUGAAGCAUUAUGGUCCUGAAGCAGAUGUGUGGACAGCAGGGGUCAUACUAUACAUACUGCUAAGUGGUGUUCCACCAUUUUGGGCUGAAACGCAGCAGGGGAUAUUUGACGCAGUUCUGAAAGGGCACAUUGAUUUUGAUUCAGACCCUUGGCCGUUGAUAUCUGAGAGCGCAAAAGAUCUUAUCCGGAAGAUGUUGUGCAUGCAGCCGUCAGAGCGGUUAACUGCUCAUGAAGUAUUGUGUCAUCCUUGGAUUUGCGAAAAUGGUGUCGCUCCUGAUAGAGCACUGGAUCCUGCAGUACUCUCUCGCCUUAAACAGUUCUCUGCUAUGAACAAGUUAAAAAAGAUGGCUUUGCGGGUGAUUGCUGAAAGCUUGUCAGAAGAAGAGAUUGCUGGUCUGAGAGAGAUGUUUAAGGCCAUGGAUACAGAUAAUAGUGGUGCAAUUACAUUUGAUGAACUAAAAGCUGGGUUGAGAAAAUAUGGCUCUACAUUAAAGGAUACGGAGAUACGUGAACUUAUGAAUGCGGCUGAUGUGGACAAUAGUGGGACUAUUGACUAUGGGGAAUUCAUUGCGGCAACUGUUCAUCUUAAUAAAUUGGAGCGCGAGGAACAUCUCAUGGCAGCAUUUCAAUAUUUUGACAAGGAUGGAAGUGGUUAUAUAACAGUUGAUGAGGUCCAGCAAGCUUGUGUAGAGCAUAACAUUACAGAUGUUUACUUUGAGGAUAUUAUAAGAGAAGUCGAUCAGGAUAAUGAUGGACGAAUUGAUUAUGGGGAAUUUGUUGCUAUGAUGCAGAAAGGAAAUCCUUGUGGUGUAGGGAGACGAACAAUGCGAAAUAGUCUGAAUUUGAGCAUGAGAGAUGCAGCAGGAGCUCAUUAGCUUCUGAGACAGACAUAUCUCUAGCAGAUAAAAUGAAGCUUGCUGUUGAUCCUGUAUUCUGCAAAAGAAGAGUCUAAUUUCUGGUACUGGCUAGUUCGCAAGUUGUACAGAAAAGAGACCAGAGGCAAUACACUUUCAUGAUACCAUGGUGUCCUCUACCUAAUUUCAACAGUAACAUCCAGUACCUUCGAGUUUGAGUAGAAGAAGAUGAGUUAAAGACUGUCGGACUGCUAUUUGCCUCCACCAAGUGUUGUGAGAUUUAUAGUCAGUGAAAAUUGUCCCACUAAUGUGUUCUUUAGUCAAGGAUUUUCUCUCUUGUUUCAAAUCAUUAAACUAGGUUGUUGAUCUUAUGAUGUCUUAUUCCUUGAAUGAUUUUCACCUUUUUACUUGUGUAAUUUAAUUGAUGUUUGUUUAUACGUACACACUACCCUCCCCAGACCCCACUUGUGAGAGUAUACCGGGUUUAUUGCUGUUGUAAUUGAUGCUAGUUUAUAGUAAUACUGGAAUCUAUACGUUUUUCUUUGUCA